AUGCUCAGCCCGGUUCAGCUGCCUAUCUAUCCUUGUUGCUUCGAUGCCCUUGCUUGGUCUCCGGACGGCGAGCUCGCCGUGGCCGCGGGAGAGCAAAUUCAGGUCUUGACCCCAGACGUGGGAAAGUCAACAUCAGCGCCCCAAAGGCAAGAAACAUGGCAAAUCACACGCUUCCGCGUUAAUGUCUUUACCUACGCUGAAUGGGCCGACAUCUACCCGCAAAAUCGAGAUGAUUUCUCAAUUGGAGCAGAACAGUCGACCAGCACCAUUCUUGCUAUGGCGUGGUCACCGCCAGGCCUGGCUCGAUUCCGGCGCAGUGUCCUAGCUGUGUUAACAUCAAAUCUAAUCCUGUCCUUUUGGGAACCGAUCGGGCCCAAGAGGCAAUGGACUAGGGUUGGCAUAGUGAACCAUCUUUUUCACGAAAACCCAUCACUUCCGACGAAAGUGGGAGGUGAAAUUCUUCGCAGAGUGAAUAUUCGUUCAUUCCAGUGGUGUGCACCUUUUAAAGUACCUGCGCCUGCCGGUGGCUCCAAUUCACUUCCUGAGUCCGAGAGCCGCUGGGGUAUUCAUAUGUUGGCUGUUGCAACGGACUUCAAUGAUCUGGCCCUGCUACGAGUACGUAGAUCCGCUGAGAUGCAAGGUUCUUCAAACCCCUACUGCGUUGAGAAGAUCACGCUUUGUCCGCUGGAUCAAGAAGGAGUGCAAUUUCCCAUGGCUGGUUCGGGUUCAAUUUUGCAUGGCAGGAUCCAGUCACAAGUUCGUGUCUCUUCAAUCUCAUGUGGUCCAUGGAUCAUGACUCCAGCUUCGCGCAAGGAUGAUGUUCAUUCCGUCACUGCAAUCCUUACCGCCGUGCAUGGAACUCAACUUCGUAUUUUCAAAGCUAGCGUUACUGUGCGGCGCUCGAGUGACAAAGAAGAGCACGUGCCUCGAUAUGAAGUUGCUGCUAAGCUGGGGGAUCACCAGGUGACAGAUCUUGCCUCCAAGUGGAAUCAUCAGCGUGUCACUGGUCCGAUAGAGUGGCUUUACACGAAUCAGGAUCAAAAUAUUGCUCUUGCAGUUGGUAUCACUGGGGGCCUCCUCACAAUCUCAAUGCGGCGCUCUGCGUACGACGGCACCAGCACAAAGGAAACACAAGUCCAAACUCGGAAUUGGCCUUUCUAUGAGCCAUUCUCGGAGAUUAAUGAUUCUCCAAAGAGACAUUGGGACCCGAUUACAGCGAUGACUACCUCACAAGAUGAAGAACACGGUACUUGCACACUCCAUGUCUGCACCACAGGUGGGCUAGGUGUUGCCGUCAGCCUCGACCAACUUGAUUCCGAUAAUGACCUACAAGUACCGGCAUGGAACAAGAUCGUUGAAACUUCUCGAGAGCAAUAUGAUUUGAACCGCGAUCUGGGAGGACAUGCCGUGGCGCGAAUGUGGGGGCUGACAUCUUACCGCGGCAUAAAUGCUGUUCUUUUCACAAAACAUCCUACAGAUAUGAUUGAAUAUCGGGUAGCGUCAGACGAGGACGCCACAAUUGCAUUUGCCUCUGAUGAGGCAGGUAGCAUACCGGACAAACAAGCCCUCAUCGCCCCGCGGGCAGAGAAUCAGGAAUCACGGACGGCUCAAAGCCGACGGGAAGCAGUGACCUCUUUUCUUCUUUCUCGGGAUGCCACUGCCACUAUGAGUAGAGAGGACCAGAAGCUCAUCUACGCAGCGGCAUGUUGCGGCAUCGUAGAUAGACACAACUCUGCAGUUCGCUCCAAGGCUCAGAAGUUAUUCGACCGCCUAGCGAAGGAGACAGGUACAGAUCAGAGUGAGGAAAUGGCUGCAUGUGAAUCCGAAUCCUCCUCAAUCCCGGCCAAGUCUUCGCAUCAGCUUGACCAGCCUGGUGGAUAUCUCUUUGAGCGGUGCGAGAUUUGUAAAGCGGGAAUUGCGUGGAUCUCGGCCACCGAGGCCCAAUGCGCGAAUGGUCAUCUAUUGGCACGCUGUGGGCUCACCUUCCUGACUAUCCAAGAGCCUGGGGUGUCGAAAUACUGCUCUGGUUGCCGCACCGAGUACAUGGACGAAGCGUUGGUCGCCCAUGUAUUCAAUGGCCAGCUGUUCCAGGAACUUUUCGAGACGUUUGAUACAUGCCUCUACUGUGACGCUAAGUUCCAGGCUAGCAUCUAG